CUCAAUUGUAAACAUAACCCUAGUGUGUUCCAGUCAUAUUUUCAAAAUAAAUUGAUUAUGUUGAAUAUCACUGACGACCAAAUUAGGUCUAUUGGGGACGUUUUGAACAACCCCAGCAGGCCUUUAAAAGAGAGAUUUCGGGCCUUAUUUACCUUAAGAAACAUCGGUGGCCCCUUAGCGAUUGCGAGCAUUGAGAAGUGCUUCGCAGACGAGUCCGCCCUCUUAAAACAUGAGCUGGCUUAUUGUUUGGGGCAAAUGCAGGAUACGGCAGCUAAUCCUAUAUUGGUGAAAGUGCUAAAAGAUGAGGCUGAACAUCCCAUGGUGCGACACGAGGCAGCUGAAGCUCUAGGAGCCAUCGGCAGUUCCGACAUGGUAAACAUUCUGGAGCGUUUUAAGAACGAUUCUUCUGUAGAAGUGGCCGAAACAUGUCAGCUAGCAUUAGAAAGAAUUAAUUGGUUGCAAAGCCCCGAUAAUUCAAAGUGUUCGGAAAAUCCAUACCAUUCCGUAGACCCUGCUCCUCCUGCACAAUUGAAGACUGUUGAAGAACUAAAGGGCAUUUUAAUCAAUGAUAAGGAAUCAUUGUUUAAUAGAUACAGAGCAAUGUUUUCGCUGAGGAACCUGAGAAGUAAAGAAGCAGUUGAAGCUCUGGGUGAAGGCUUGAAGCAUGGCAGCGCCUUGUUCAAGCAUGAAGUAGCCUUUGUGUUGGGGCAGCUUCAAGAUGAAAGUAGUGUUAAAUAUCUGCAGAGCUCCUUGGAAAACUGCGAUGAAAAUGAAAUGGUUAGACAUGAAUGUGCGGAGGCGCUAGGCGCAAUUGCGACAGAAGAAUGCAUGGAUAUUUUAAACAAAUACCUAAGAGAUGAUAAAAGGGUUGUUAAAGAAAGUUGCGAAAUUGCCUUGGAUAUGUGUGAAUAUGAAAAUAGUCCUGAGUUUCAAUACGCGAAUACGCUCACUGUGAAGUAAUUGUUUAGGUGAAAUAUAAGUAUCAUUUUAUU